AUGCCCAAGUCGACACCCGUAACUCCCCCAACAAGAGGCCUUGUCCUCCCCUCUCCCACCUCUCCAUCCAAAGCCUCUUUUUCUUAUAAGAUGACAGUGGGUAGUGAAGUCUCUGAUGAUACACUGAAACUGUGCGCCGAUUUGUUCAGUUCCAACUAUGGUAUUUGGGGCGAUCAGGCAGCUACAAUCUCCAAAUUUACUAAAAAGGUCAAGAUGACUGGUGCAAGACUACGAUCCCAAUGUUUGUCUCACCUGGAGAGUAGUGUUUUGGUAACCUGUUACAUCCAAGUUGGCCCACUUGAGAGUGAGCAUCCUCAACUUUAUGGACACACAUUUUCCACAGUCUGGGACUAUGGUGAAAACAAAGUUGGCUGGGUGACGCAGCUUGUCGUCGAUGCAGCAGUCCGUCAGCGUUACAUUGCAACCCAUCUCUUGCAAACUCUGAAGUGUCAUUCAUUAUUUUCCCAUGUUAACAUUGUUGGUCUUGUCUUGUCUCACCCUGCUGCUUGCAAUGCUUUGGUGAAAUAUGCUUCUGCUAAUAUCAAGGACAUUGAAUUGGACUUCAUCCGUCAACAUGCAAAGGGCAUCCUGGCAUCUUCCCCCAUUACCUAUCUGCAGGCCGCUCAAUUGAGUGGUUCACUCUUCCAAGACAGCAGCACCAGUGAUGCCAUAUCAUCUGUGUUUACUGAGUUCUACGUUGACCAUACUGAGCCUUUAACAGUGUUGGAACAGUACAAGAAGAAAGGUCAGUGGUGCUUGGGUGAGCUCCUUGGCGGACAUGAAUUUCUCGCUGUUUUUCCUAUUGCACCUGUGAGCCCAGUUCACAAUUAUUAG